CUCACGUAUGUGUUCAGUUCAAGUCCUCUCUUUCAGGUUGUCGUACGUGCAAGACUACCCAUCCAAAUCCCCUUGAGCUUCACCACAAAAAUUGUGGGAAGAUCAAAUCCAACCCCGUUGAAAAAAAACAGGAAAAAGAGAGUCGAAAUUACAAGAACUGAAGGUGAGAGGAACCCAAAGAUUUCUUGGAGAGUCUACUCCAAUCCUCCGCUUUCCCCUCCAUGGGCACACUCCAGCAUACCGCCCUCACUCCGUCCCCGCUCUGCUGCUGCUCGUACGCUCUCCUCCACCCAAGGGCCAGGAAGAUAUCUCCGAGGUUCCCGGAUGGGGCCUUCUCCAUGGCGAAGCCGCCGUUCUUGCGGCGCGAGCUCCCGGAGAGGGGCGGAGCCUUGGCGUGCAGAAUGGUGGGCAGGCGGCGCCUUGGCGUGGCCGGGGCCGGGAAAGGCCCCUUCUUUGGCGGCGGGCGGCGGCAGGGGUCAACCGGCCGGGUCGUGGGGAACCUCGCCUUCGUCGCCCUCGUGGCAUACCUCGUGGUGAGCGGCCAGUUCCGGUGGCUGCUCGACGCCAUCGUCUCCCUCUGGCUCAUCACGGUACUUCUGCCUAUUGUGGGUCUCGGUGCACUCAUAUUCUUUGCACAACGAAAUAUACUUCAGAGCGAUUGUCCCAACUGUGGAAAAAGCUUCCGGAUACUGAAGACGUCUUUGAAGAACGGUCCACAAUUCUGUCCUUAUUGCACCCAACCUUUCUCUGUUCAGGGCAAUAAGUUUGUGAGAGAAUCUGCUAGCUUUUCAUCUGGAAGGAGGACCCCUACAAAUGCACAACAAGCCUUCAAUGAGUUAUUCAACCGUGGGUCAAAUGGAAAAGCACCUUCUGGUUCCGGGACGAUUGUAGACGUCGAGGCUGAAGUCACGGACAUCGAGUGAUGUUUCUUUGGGACUUCGCCCAGCCUCAUGAGUAUCAGUUUUGCUGCUCUUCAGGGCCAGCUCGUUUCCCCCAAAUGUUGUAUAAGCCUGCAGCACUCUAGGAUAUAGGAUUGCGGCCUAGUGUCGAGCGAGUUCAGGAGCUUUAGAUGUGAGACCCAUGACUGCGUCUUGCAUCAAUUUGCAGAUGCAGACGGACGCAUGUGACAGAUCAACAGGGUUGUAAAUAUUUACAUUGCUUCCUUUGUGUGUAUGUAUAUUGGCAGGCUGCAAAUACACCCAGGGUUGUGUA